ACGAACUCGUCGCUGAAGGGUUAAUCUAUUAAUUUUUAAACCCUUUUUAUUUCUCAACUAAGCUAUAUAUUUAUACACUGAAAUAUCUUCUCUUUCACUGGCUACUUGCCUGCAGCACAGUAGAGGGGGAUUCAAGUGAAGCAGCUCUUACUGAAGAGUUCCAGUUUCAGGAAUUCUACCAAGUUUAUCAUGGCCUCUAAGCAUAACGCAGCAGGCCAUAGAUCACGAGGCCCGCUAUCUAUAUUUCUUGUGAUUGGUUUAUGCUGUUUCUUUUACAUUCUGGGAGCAUGGCAAAAGGGUGGUUCUGGAAAAGGGGACAGCAUAGCCUUGGAAGUAACCAAAAAGAUGGAUUGCACUGUCUUCAGGAAUUUGAAUUUCGAAACUCAUCACAAUGAUGUAGAGAUUACUGAACCUUCGAAGCCAAAAACUAAAGUGUUUAAGCCAUGUGAUAUGAGAUAUACUGAUUAUACUCCCUGCCAAGAGCAAGACCGGGCAAUGAGCUUCCCUCGGGAGAAUAUGAUAUACAGGGAAAGACAUUGCCCUCCAGAAGAGGAAAAGUUGAAGUGUCUAAUUCCAGCACAAAAUGGGUAUAAGACCCCAUUUACUUGGCCAAAAAGCCGUGACUAUGUGCACUAUGCUAAUGUUCCUCAUAAAAGCCUUACGGUAGAGAAGGCUGUUCAGAACUGGGUGCAGUUCCAAGGUAAUGUGUUCAAGUUUCCUGGCGGAGGAACAAUGUUCCCUCAAGGGGCAGAUGCAUAUAUUGAUGAGCUUGCAUCAGUCAUUCCAAUCAAAGAUGGUUCUGUAAGAACAGCUCUGGAUACUGGUUGUGGGGUUGCCAGCUGGGGUGCUUACCUGCUAAAGAGGAAUGUGUUAGCUAUGUCCUUUGCACCACGGGACAAUCAUGAAGCACAGGUACAGUUUGCUCUGGAGCGAGGUGUACCUGCUGUUAUUGGUGUUCUUGGAACAAUUCAUCUUCCAUACCCAUCAAGAGCCUUUGAUAUGGCUCAGUGCUCUCGAUGUUUGAUACCAUGGGCCUCAAAUGAAGGGAAGUACCUAAUGGAAGUUGAUAGAGUCCUCAGACCUGGCGGAUUCUGGAUUCUCUCAGGCCCUCCAAUUAAUUGGAAGACUUACUAUCAGACAUGGAAACGAUCAAAAGAGGAACUUGAGGCUGAGCAAAGUAAGAUUGAGGAUCUGGCUAAACUUCUUUGUUGGGAGAAGAAGUAUGAAAAGGGAGAUAUUGCUAUAUGGAGAAAAAGAGUUAAUGACAAAUCAUGCAGGAAGAAUUCUGAAAAUAUCUGUAAAUCUAGGGAUGCUGAUGAUGUGUGGUACAAGGAAAUGGAGGCAUGCAUAACUCCUUUCCCCAAGGUAGCUAGUACAAAUGAAGUUGCGGGAGGAGAAUUGCAGAAGUUUCCAGCUAGACUUUUUGCAGUACCACCCCGCAUAGCCAAGGGAUUUGUUGAUGGGGUCACAGCUGAAACUUACGAAAAGGACAAUAAACUUUGGAAAAAACAUGUGAAUGCUUAUAAAAGGACCAAUAAAUUAAUUGGCACGGCAAGAUAUCGAAAUGUGAUGGACAUGAAUGCAGGCCUUGGGGGAUUUGCUGCAGCGCUUGAAUCCCCCAAGUCUUGGGUUAUGAAUGUUGUGCCUUCAAUUUCCAAGAAUACUUUAGGCGUUAUUUAUGAAAGAGGCCUGAUUGGAAUAUAUCAUGACUGGUGUGAAGGUUUCUCCACGUACCCGAGGACAUAUGACCUCAUUCAUGCUAAUGGUGUAUUCAGCUUGUACCGGAACAAAUGCAAUCUGGAAGACAUUCUUUUGGAGAUGGAUCGCAUCUUGCGGCCUGAGGGAGCUGUCAUUCUCCGGGAUGAAGUCGAUGCAUUGAACGAGGUUAGGAAAAUUGCUGGGGGGAUGAGAUGGGAUAUCAAAAUGAUGGAUCAUGAGGACGGUCCCCUGGUACCGGAGAAGAUAUUGAUUGCUGUCAAACAAUAUUGGGUUGGUGGCAAUGGCACAUCAAGUGAAGAAUAGAACCAACGUUUAACGGUGAAUAUGUUUGCAAAUUACAAUACCAUGAUGCUGAUUUAUACUGCUCUUAGUGAAGGAACAAAGAGUUUCCGACUUUAGAGAUGGCAUAUGUAAGUUUUCUUAUUUGUGUUAUUGAUGAUGUAGAUGAUGCAUAAUUUAUGUAUCUGCCCAGAUUAUCAGGUUGAGAUUCAAAAAUGUGAUGAACUUUACAAUCAUAUUCUUGUACAUCUCAAUUCCCCAAAUAGCAAGUACCCAGAUCAAUGAAUUUCUCUUUUCCAAGUAAAA